CCCGGUCCGGUCCCGGUCCCGGUCCCGAUCCCGGUCCGUCCAAAGGCAGCUCCGAGCCUCCGACGCGACUUUCUUCUAGUCCCUGUCGUCCCCGGUCCCCUCCUGGCCUUCUCUAUACUCUCCCUCGCCUUGGCCUCGUUGGAUUCGAAUCGAAAUUCAGGAAGGGAUAGCGCACCCGGUAUUGGAUUUCCUUCUGUACCUCUCUUCGCGCCAAAUCCCAAUCCAAGCCCCCAAAUAAAUACUCCGCUAGGGCGGCCGGAGGGGAGACAGGACAGGCCGGCAGGCAAGCAGAGAGAGAGAGAGAGAGAGAGAGAGAUUUCAAAGGGAGAUUGAUACGAGAGCGGACGGAGAUUUGAUUCCUCGUCUCGUCUCUGCCCUGAGAUAGAUCAACACCUAUCGAAUCUACCAUUGGGCUGCUGGAUCUGAAACGCCUCAUGUCCAUGAAGCGGCAACGGGACCAGGAGCGGCGCCGGCGGCAAGCCCAAGCCUGCAAUGGAUUGAUUGUUUCACGGGCUAAAAAAGGGGGCUCACCCUGCCAACGGGAUGACGAUUCUCAGGAUGGUGAAACAGAGUUAUAUUUAGGACCAAGACUCCCAGAGGACAUCUUGUGUCAUAUACAUUCCCUGAUGCCAAUGGAAGAUGCUGCCCGAGUAUCCUGUGUUUCUCGUGCCUUUCUACGUUCCUGGAGAUGCCAUCCCAACCUCGCUUUCAGUAAAGAAAUGUUGGGAUUGAAUAAAAAGGCAUGUGGGAAUGAUGAAUUGGCCAGAGAUUUCUCUAGCAAAGUUGACAACAUUCUGAAAAAGCACUCAGGCAUUGGAGUGAAGACACUCAAGAUUCACAUGUUUAAUGAUUUCAAUGCAAAGGACUCUUGUAAUCUUGACAGUUGGCUUCAGAUUGCUGUUACACCAGGAAUUGAAGAACUCACAGUGAAACUUCCAUUGGAGGCAAAGUACAACUUCCCAUAUUCACUUUUGUCUAAUGGGAGUGGAGACUCAAUCCGAUAUCUUCACCUUGCCUGUUGUUCCUUCCGUCCCACAGCCGAACUUGGUUGGUUUAGAAGCCUGACGAGACUGCAUCUUAAUAUUGUCCGUACUACGGGGGAUGACUUAGGGUGCCUUCUUUCCAGUUCUUUUGCUUUGGAGCGGUUGGAAAUCAGGUAUUGUAAUGGGAUAGUUUGCCUGAAGGUACCUUGCGUGCUGCAGCGGCUCAGCUACCUUCAGGUGCUUGAUUGCGAGGGGUUGAAAAUGAUAGACAGCGAAGCUCCAAAUAUAUCUAGCUUUUGGUUCCAUGGGAACAAUGUUCAACUAUCACUUGGAGAAACAUUGAAAAUGAAGAAUCUACACAUAUCCUUCUCCGGCGCAGUUCAUUACACUCGUACGGAACUUCCAUUUAGCAUGCCAAAUCUUGAAACUCUUAGGAUAAUUUCAAAAAGCGAGAUGGCUGACACACCAAUGCUGCAAAGCAAAUUUCUCCACCUCAAGAACCUAAGUAUUAUUCUUACGGCAGUAUCCUUUUCUCCAGGCUAUGAUUAUAUUUCUCUGGUUUCCUUUUUGGAUGCUUGUCCCUCCUUGGAGAAUUUUGAUUUGGAUGUAACACAUCGAGCGAUGGAGCAUGUCUCGAUUUUCACAGAUCCCUCGGACCUGAGGAGGAUGCGAGAACAGCACCAUCACAAGAUGAAGAGCAUGAAGAUCCGAGGAUUCUCCUCUGCAAAGAGCUUGGUUGAGCUAACAUGCCAUGUUGUUGAGAGCGUAACGUCACUUGAAUGCCUUACGUUGGAGACUUGUCAGAGUUCUUUGAGAUGCUGGCUGCCUGGGAACAAAUCUGGCAAGUGCACCCCACUACCCAUGGGCGUUCUCAUUGAAGCUCAGCGAGCACUAUCGGCUAUCAGGAUAUACAUUGAGCCUAAAGUUCCCUCCACAGUAAAGCUACAUGUUGUGGAGACUUGCAGCCGAUGCCAUGUUGUUGAACAACUUUAGAUGCCUGAGUUUGGCAUACGUUUUAUUAUGUAGGUCUUAGACGGGUUGUGGUUUCUAAAAUUAUCAGGCGUGACCAUUGUGUUAUUUUAUGGAUAACUUUGCUAUGAUAUUUUUAAACUGUAUGUAUUUCCACAGAAGUGAUAAACAGUGAUUGGCUGAUUUUCUCUGUGGACAAAGCUCGCAAGUAAGUAGCACAACAGGCAUUAACUUUGGACUCCA